AACUCUCACUAGGUCAAGAAAAAGAAAGUUCAGGCCGAUGUUCCAGGCAUCUGGGACCGUAGGAAGGUUCAGAUCUUUAUCGCCAUUUCAUCCACUGGCACACUCUUGGACAAGAACCACCAUGCGAUCUCUCACUGUUGAUUCUCUUAACCCUGCCGUUCGCAAUGUGCAGUAUGCCGUGCGUGGUGAACUGGCAAUAAAGGCAGAGGAAUAUCGGGUCACGCUCAAGGAGAAGGGUCAGGACAGCGGUCUGCCAUUUGAUCGAAUUAUCUCUUCGAACAUCGGAAACCCCCAACAGAAGGGGCUCGACCAACCUCCCAUUACCUUUAAUCGACAGGUUGCUGCACUCAUGGAGUGGCCACAGCUGAUGCAACUCGCACCCAAUACGUUUCCACAAGACGUUAUUGACCGUGCGAAGGAAUUGCACGAGGAAAUUGGUUCCAUCGGUGCAUAUUCGCACUCUCAGGGCGUCCCUCUCAUUCGUCAGAAUGUCGCGAAAUUUAUUCAGGAACGCGACAGCCAUCCAUCCUCGCCGGACAACAUCUUCUUGACGGGCGGCGCUUCCGCUGGGGUUUCGCUUCUGAUUUCAAUGCUUAUCUCGGAACCCCACAAAUCUGGCGUCCUUAUCCCGAUCCCGCAGUACCCUUUGUAUACAGCGACACUAGCGCAAUUUUCGGGCGUGGCAAUUCCAUACCAUCUUGAUGAGGCACAUGAGUGGUCGACGUCAAUUGACGAAAUCAAGGCUGCACUUAAAAAGGCAAAAGAAGAUGGCAUUGACCCCAAGGCACUUGUUAUCAUCAACCCUGGGAAUCCAACGGGUGCGUUGUUGAAGGAGGAGACGCAGAGGGAGGUGGCGAAAUUGUGCGCGGAGCAUGGACUCGUGCUCCUCGCGGACGAAGUCUAUCAGAGCAACCUACACCGUGCGGCCGAAUUCCCAUUCACGUCAUUCAAGAAGGUUGUCUGCGACAUGGGCUCGCCAGUUCCACUGGUAUCCUUCCAUAGCAUCAGCAAAGGUGUAACAGGGGAGUGUGGGCGGCGUGGUGGUUACUUCGAGUGCCACAACAUCUCGGAUGACGUCCGCGCGAUGAUGUACAAAAUGGUGAGCGUUGGGCUUUGCCCUCCGCUGCAGGGGCAAAUUGGCGUGGACUGCCUUGUCCGACCCCCCAAGGAAGGCGGCGAAAGCUACGCGCUAUGGAAAGAAGAGACAACCCGAAUCCACAAGGUACUCGCGCAGCGCACCAAGCUCAUGGCAGAGCGCCUAAACAGUCUACCUGGCGUCUCAUGCGUUGAUUCUCCCGGGGCAUUAUACCUUUACCCCAAGAUCAUGCUCCCAGAAAAAGCGAUAGCUGCCGCACGAGCUGCUGGCAAGGAGCCAGAUGCAUUCUAUGCACUCGCGCUUCUAGACGCAACAGGCAUUUGCGUCGUGCCAGGCAGUGGAUUUGGGCAGAAGGAAGGAGAGUACCAUUACCGUCUUACCUGCUUGUGUCCUGGCGUGGACGAAUAUGUCGGGAAGUUAGAGAAAUUCCACCGGGAAUUCUGCGCGAAGUACCAGUGAUCUCGGGUCCUUUGCGUUAUUAACCAAUGUAAACGUUUGUUAGGCUAGAUGCCACUGCUGACUUUGUGCCUUGCAAUUGUUGUGUUGUAGUACUACUAUCUGCUUUCAUGUGUAUGCUGGGAUACCAAUAGAUCUGGUAAUAUUCAUCCAUAUUUCUGGUUCA